AUGGCACCAAUAGCGGUCGAACCCAGCCCAUAUGAUGGCACAGCAAACAAUGAUCUUAAAGAUAUUCAAUUCACAGAUACCAUACGAUUUUACCUCAACGAUAAACUCCAGGUGGUGAAAAAUCCAGAUCCGGAGGAGCGACUCAUUGACUAUAUCAGAAAUGAGGCUGAUCUCAGAGGCACAAAAGAAGCAUGUUCGGAAUCGGGAUGUAAUGCUUGCUCUGUUACCAUUGCAUCCAUUUCAUACACAGACACGGAUUAUCCAGAGCGCCCACAGGUUCACUAUCGGUCCGUAAAUUCAUGUGUUACUCCUUUGAUUCUUGCAGACGGCAAGCAAGUGAUCACAGUUGAAGGUGUUGGCUCGUCUAAAAACCCACAUCCAGUUCAGGAGAGAAUUGCUAAAUUCCACGGUUCACAGUGUGGAUUUUGCACACCUGGUUUUGUGAUGUCUUUGUAUGCGUUGCUAAGGGAGAAAAAUGGCCACGUGUCGGUUGCAGAAAUUGAUGAAGCAUUGGAAUCAAAUUUGUGCAGAUGCACGGGCUACAUGCCAAUCUAUGAUGCGGCAUAUUCGUUUGCGUACGAUUCUGAUAAUUACAACAGGGAGAAGAUCAGACCUUUCCUCAAGAAGAAGGACACGAGUUCUGAGACUGGAAAUGACUUGUAUGGCGGUUCAGUGUGUGCGUUAGGAACCAAAUGCUGCAGAUACAAGUCUGGAAAAGAGAAAGCUGACGAAGAAUGUGAUAAGUCUGCAUCCAAUUCGGACAUGGAGAUCGAUAUGAACAAAAUAUUCACACCAAACGGUCUGCCAUUGAAGCCAUACAAUCCGGCAGCAGAUUUGCCGUUCCCUCUUAAACUUUCCAGGAUCAACCCUAAGCCAAUUUGCUACGGAAAUGAGCGAAAGAUGUGGUUUCGCCCCGUGACUAAAGAACAAUUUCUAGAGAUAUACAGAAUCUAUCCGGAUGCCAAAAUUGUCGCCGGAGCAUCGGAGGUUCAGAUCGAGGUGAAGUUCAAGGCUGCCAAUUACAAGGUGAAUAUUUAUGCUGGGGACGUCAAGGAACUCAAAGGAUGGUCAUACGAGAAGGGGAAGGGUUUAACAAUUGGAGGUGAUAUUCCAUUGAUCGAGUUAGAAUCUAUCUGCGGUGAUUUGGCAAAACGGUUGGGUAGAACUGCAGCUGGACAGACAUACAACGCAAUUGAGGAGCAGUUGAAGGUCUUUGCUUCUAAAGCUGUUCGUAAUGUGGCCACUCCGGCAGGUAAUAUCGUGACAGCAUCGCCAAUUGCGGAUCUAAAUCCAAUAUUUGUGGCUUGUGGUGCAAUCAUAACGGCGGAAAAACUGACUGAGGAUGGUAAACUAGAAAAGACGCACAUUGAUAUGCGUGACAACUUCUUUACUGGGUACAGGCGGCACAAAUUACCUGCAUCAUCGGUGAUUACCGAGAUCUUCAUCCCAGAUACUGCAGAUAACGAAUACAUCCACUGCUAUAAGCAGUGCAAGCGGAAAGAUGACGAUAUCUCCAUUGUCACUGCCUGCUUGAGAAUGCAGCUAGAUGACGAAGGAAAUGUGCUCGAUUCAACAUUAGUCUACGGUGGUAUGGCUCCUAUAACCAAGAACUCACCAAAGGCCGAAAAAACUAUCAAGGGGAAGAAUAUUUACAACUCAUCAUUUAGCGAGGAAUGCUGUAAGUGCCUUAGUGAAGAUGAUUAUAAGAUGCCAUACGGCGUUCCUGGCGGUGCUGCCUCGUAUAGAAGAUCCCUAACAUUGUCCUUCUUCUACAAAUUUUGGCAGUACGUUUUGGCCACAGCGCCAAUUCCCAAGGCUAACGUUGCCACGAUCCAGUAUAGGGAUGCUCUUCUGGAUGUUGAUUCGUUGAGUGAAGUGACAAGAGUCCAAAAGCAUGGCUACAGAGAAAUGAACACUCCAGGGCACAAGACUGGAAUCAUUGGCAAGCCUAUCGUUCAUGUGAAUGCAAUAAAACAGGCAACAGGCGAAGCUCAGUAUACCAAUGAUAUUCCACCAUUGCACCGCGAACUAUUUGGUGUGCAGGUGAUGUCUGAAAAGGCGCAUGCUAAGAUUCUCUCCGUGGACUGGAGUGAGGCCUUGGAAGUGGAAUCAGUUGUUGGAUACGUAGACAUUAACGACUUGCCUAACAAGGAGGCCAAUCUUUGGGGCAAUUUACCCUUUGGAAAGGAACCUUUCUUUGCAGAUGGUGAGGUGUUCUUUGUUGGCCAGGCUAUUGGUGUUAUCCUUGCCUCAAGUAAAGAGAGGGCCUAUGAGGCAUCUAGAAAAGUUAGAGUUGUGUACGAUGAGCUUCCCCGAAUCAUCUCCGUUGAGGACGGUGUGCAACAGAAGUCGUUCUUUCCAGACAGGAGAGAAGUCAAGCUUGGGGAUUGGGAAUCUGCAUUCAAGAACAGUAAAUAUUAUCUUGAGAACACUGCGAGAUUAUCGGCCCAAGAACAUUUCUACUUCGAGGUUCAGAACUGCCUCGUUAUACCACAGGAAGGUGGUGAGCUCAAGGUGUAUUCUUCCACACAAAAUCCUACCGAGACCCAGUUGUGUGCCGCACAGGUCACGGGUGUUCCUGCAAACAGAGUCAUAUGCCGUGUUAAAAGACUCGGAGGUGGAUUUGGUGGUAAGGAGACCAGAUCUAUCCAACUUUCGAGUUUGGCGGCAGUUGCAGCCAGAAAGUUUAAUCGUCCAGUCAGGUUGGAACUCAACCGAAGCGAAGACAUGAAAACUUCCGGUGAAAGACAUCCAUUUUUGGUAAAGUACCGGGCCUCGUUGGACGAAGAUUUAAAGUUCACUGGAUUGGACAUGGUUCUUUAUGCGAAUGCUGGUUGGUCGAUGGAUUUGACUCGUGGUGUCAUUGACAGAUCCGUUCUCCAUGCAUCAAAUGCUUAUUACAUUCCUAAUGCUCGGGUUUGUGGCAUACCAGUGAAGACCAACAUUGCCUCUAACACGGCAUAUCGGACGUUUGGUGCCCAGGCUGGAUUCUAUGCGAUUGAGUCUGUUGUGACGGAGUUCGCCGAGAAGCUUGGUGUGGAUCCGGAGGAAAUAAGAAGAAGGAAUUACUUGAAGCCAAAUUGUGGUGAGGUGUUCCCAUACAAGCAGGUAGUUGGUGAAGACAUCACGAUUUCCAACGUGGUGGAUGAAAACUUGAAGGAGUGCAACUACAAGAAGAUGAAGCAGAAAAUCAAUGAGUUCAACAAGCAUUCAAAAUGGAUAAAGCGUGGUAUAGCACAAAUUCCCGCAGUGUUUGGUGUUUCGUUCGGUGUUCUUUUCUUGAAUCAGGCUGGUGCUUUAGUCCACAUUUAUAACGAUGGCUCCUGCUUGAUUUCAACUGGUGGUGUUGAGAUUGGCCAGGGUAUUAGUACCGUGAUGAGGAUGAUUGCAGCUGAAGAAUUGGGCGUUCCGUUUGACAAGAUAUUCUUGAGCGAGACUUCUACCGAAUGUGUUCCUAACACAUCAUCUACUGCAGCUUCUUCCGGAUCCGAUUUGAACGGAAUGGCGUUAAAGGAUGCAUGCAUGAAGCUUAACAAGCGUUUAAAGCCGGUGAAGGAUGCAAUCACGAAGGAAAAAGGUGACAAAUGGACGUGGGAGGAGUUGAUCACAAAGGCCUACUUGGACAGAGUCUCAUUGAGUGCAACUGGAUUCUACAAGACGCCAGAAAUCGGCUUUGAGUGGGGAGAUGAGAAUCCUAAACCCGCCUUUUUCUAUCACACUCAGGGAUCUGCUGUAUCUGUAGUCGAAGUAGAUACGUUAACCGGUGAUUGGAGUUGCUUGGAGUCACACAUCAAGAUGGACUGUGGACGGCCGUUAAAUAAAGCAAUCAUAUACGGUCAAAUUGAAGGAGCUUUCGUCCAGGGAAUGGGCUACUUUACCAUGGAACAGUCAUUAUGGUUAAGCAGGACAGGAGGGCUGGCCACAACCGGUCCUGGUGCCUACAAAAUUCCAGGGUUCAGGGAUACUCCACAACGAUUUGUGCUAUCAAUGUACAAGGGAAGCGAUUUCAGGCAUUUGAGAACCAUUCAUUCAUCUAAGGGAGUUGGUGAACCACCAUUUUUCCUUGGUGCAAGUGUCCACUUUGCCCUCAGAGAUGCAAUUGGACAUGCAAGAAGACAGAAUGGCAUUGAAUCGGGAAGUCAGGGCUUGAGAUUCCGGGUUCCUUUGACUACUGAGAGAAUCAGAGUUGAUUGUGGUGAUAAGCUUGCCAAACAGUCGUUUGUGGCAGCCAAAGAGGGCGAGGAGGAAUUCUUUAUCGAGGGAUGA